CUCUCUCUGCAACAGUCUGUCUCCUCUGACCCUCUCUCUCUCUCUCUCACUCUCUGUCACUCGCACACACAUAAACACAGACUGUGGGAUUUGUCUGCAGCUCAGUUCUAUUCCAAAGUCCUCAUAUUUUUGCAGUUCCAAUCAAUUUUCAGAAUUUUUCUUUCUUUACCAGUUAUUUUGCAUAAAGCUCCAACGGUGGAGUUUUACACAUUCCACAAGAAUCCAGAUUUCCUUCACCCAUUUUCUUUUCUUGGUCAUUCACUUUUCAGCAUUUUUAAUUCAUCUUUUUCAGAUCUUGGGCCCUCUUUUAAAGCUUCAUCAAUCUUUACCCCUACCCCAAGAGUCAUUACUCUAAUGAAAGAUGGAGCAUAGGCAUAAACUCGUAUUAAUCAUAGGUCUAUCCUCACUAUCACUCCUGACAAUUCUUCUCCUCACACUCCUUUGUUGUAGAAGAAGAAAAGCAGGGAAUGGCUCUCAAGAUAUAGAGGCGGCCUUUGAGUGUAAAGAAGGAGAUGGGCUGGCAAAAACAGAGGAUUUAAUCAAGUUUGAGGGUGGUGAAGAUCUUAGUGUACAGGAAAUUCUUGAUGCCCCUGGUGAAGUUAUCGGGAAAUCUAGCUAUGGGACUCUGUACAAAGCCUGUUUGGUUAGUUCAAAUUCUCUUACAUUGCUUAGAUUCUUGAGGCCUACUUGUACAUUGAGGAUGAAAGAGGUGAUGCCAGUUGUAGAGUUGCUGGGUUCCGUAAGGCAUCCAAAUUUGGUGCCUUUGAAUGCAUUUUAUGCAGGGCCCAGAGGGGAGAAGCUGAUGAUUAAUCCCUUUUAUGGGCCUGGAAAUUUGGCUCAUUUCAUCAGAGAUGGUAAUGGCGAGGCUCACAAAUGGCCGGUCAUAUGUAGGAUCUCAAUCGGCAUCGCUAGAGGACUUCACCAUCUUCAUACAGCUUACGAGAGGCCCAUAAUCCACGGUAACCUCAAGUCGAAGAAUAUACUGUUGGAUCCCAAUUACCACCCGUAUGGACAACAAAUGCUUGAAGUCUCUGCAUCUCAGGGGUAUAAGGCGCCGGAGUUGAUCAAAAUGAAAGAUGCUUGUGAAGAGUGCGAUAUUUACAGCUUGGGGGUAAUCCUUCUCGAAUUACUGACAGGGAAAAAACCAAUCGACGAAAACCCAACUCCCGAUCAAGAUUUUUACUUGCCGAGCGCCAUGAGAAGCGCGAUUCUUGAUGACCGAAUCGCAGAUUUGUAUCAUCCCAACAUUCUUCUUGGCCUAAGCAAUGAUCAGAAGGUAGCUACUGAAGAUGGUAUUCUGAGAUACUUUCAACUAGCGAUGGCAUGUUGCUCUCCGUCUCGUCUCCUCCGGCCUGAUAUGAAGGAAAUCCUCGACAAGCUUGAAGAAAUCAGAAAGUAGAGGCAAACAUGACGUCGGGGACAUAGUCAACUUCAUUAUAGUUUGACUUCUUCGACGAACAUGGCAACAACUAACAGAGGUUUCUGAUGAAAGUUUUGUCCGAGCAUGACCCUUGGAAGCACAUUUGCAUAAUCAGAAAGCGACCCGGAUUGACUUUAACAUGAAGACUUAGCAAAAGAACACUUUGUCAAAGGAAACAAGAUAUAGAAUUUUGUCGGAAUUAGGCCAUUAGUGACAGUAAUUCUCAAACAAGAAUUGCUAUUAUAAGUUCAUUUUAGACAGGUUCGACACUGGAAAAACAGCCAGAAUGCUAUUGAGAUACGGGUUCCUGAUUUCUCUGGAAAUCAUGCAUGCUGUGAAGACAGUGACAUCCUAGGAAAUCAGUACAGUGCCUGAUUCUUGGUGGUUGAUCAAGUCAAGCCCAUACAAGUAUCGAUAGUUCGAUACUAUCAAGGUCUAUACAUCUGUUGUCAGUUUUAUACAAGUUUACUUUUCUUUUUUCCUUUUAAUAAUUAGUUUACAAAGUCAGGUAUGGAAUUGAUCAAGUAUUCCUUCA